AUGGAGUCAGAGGAUGAUCAAGUCUAUAUUCCUCAAGUAAAGAUUGAGCUGAAGCCUAGAUUACACCAAGAGUUUGAAACAGUAGAUGACGUUGCUAAAUUCUACAACAGAUAUGCAAAAGAUGCAGGUUUUAGUACUAGGAGCCAUACUACUGCCACUAGUAAGGACGGUACCCUACUUCUGAGGAAGGAAUAUGUUUGUUAUAAGCAAGGAAAUUCCAAAGUAGAAGGAGAAAAACGUAAGAGAGGGUUGCCAAAAGUGGGUUGUGAUGCGAGAAUCGCAGUUGUGAGAAAGAAGGAGUCUGGAAGAUAUGUAGUGUCUGUGUUUGUCGAGGGUCACAACCACCCAUUAACAAGCCCGAGUAGAGUACAUCUGUUGAGAUCCCACCGUGGUCUUUCAAAAGUUAACAAAGUUCUAUCAGAGCAAUUAAGCUUGGUAAAUGUUCAGAAACACAAACAGUUCGAUUUCUUUGGUGUUCAAGCAGGUGGCAUUGAAAACAUUGGUUGUAUCCAACGUGAUUUCUAUAAUUAUGGAAGAGCUUGUCGUCAACAGAAGAAAGGACAUGAUGGGGAUCUAUUGUAUAUGCAUUUUCAGAAUGAGAAAGAAAAAGAUUCUUCUUUUGUAUAUACAAUAGAAUCAGAUGAGGAAGAUAGAGUAAAACGAUGUUUUUGGGCCGACUCAAUUUCAAGACGAGCUUACAGCUUUUAUGGAGAUGUAGUUAUUUUUGAUACUACAUACAAUACAAAUCGAUAUGGGAUGAUUUUUGCACCAUUCACUGGUGUUAACAAUCAUGGGCAGUCAAUCAUAUUUGGUUGUGCAUUCUUAAACGAUGAGACUGCUGAUUCCUUUGUUUGGUUAUUCAAGGAAUUUUUGAAUGUUAUGCCAGGAAACGCCCCCAUGAUGAUUAUUACUGAUCAAGAUCCUGCCAUGACUAAAGCCAUUUCGGAAGCCCUCCCACAAACAUUUCAUAGGUAUUGCAGUUGGCACAUUCUAAACAAGUUUUCAGAGAAGCUAGAUGCGAUAAAAUAUCGAGACUACUACCAAGACUUUCAUAGCUGCAUAUGGAAUUCAAGUAGUAAAGAAGAGUUUGAUUCAAGAUGGAUUGAAAUUAUUGAGAAGAGUGGGGUUGAGUGA